CGCCCCCAUUUUGAGGACCCGGGGUCGUCGUCGUCCUAACAGGAUGGUAUGCUUGCGUUUUGCGACGAAGCCUAUCUUCUCACUGUUCUCAUCCAAUCCCCUCUGCUCCACCCGAGUCCGCCAUCGCCGUCACGGCCUCAUGAACAACCACUGUCACCGCCAUAGCCGACGCAACCACCACAACCUAAUGUCGACCAAAGCCCGACUCUUCCUCUUCAAUUAGAUUAAACCACCAUGACAUAAAUAAAUCCCAAGAAAAACAGGGCAAAAAGAGCGCCAACGUGGAAGAAGAGCCCAUCAAUGGCCUCACCUCCCUCACCUAAACCCUUCUCCCCAGUCACCACCACCGCGUCACCCACCAAGAAGCCCCAAUCGAUUCCGUGGACCCAUCAAGAAACAAUCAGUCUCAUCCAAACCUACCAAGAGAAAUGGUAUUCCCUCAAGCGAGGUCCUCUCAAGGCCAACCAGUGGGAAGAGGUCGCCGUCACUGUCGCCGUCCGAUGCGGUUAUGACUACAAUGAGCCCUCCAAGACCGCCGUCCAGUGCCGCCACAAGAUGGAAAAGCUCCGUCAACGUUAUCGUGCCGAGAACCAUCGUCUGGCUGCUUCCUCCAGUGGCACUCGCGUUUGGCAAUACUUUGACCUUAUGGACCAAUUAGAGAAAGGCCCUAUGCCUAUUUCUGCCCGACCGCUUGUGGCUCUGAUGCCCUUUGAUUAUGGUGAUAACGAAGAAGAAAAUGACGUUGAUGUUGGUGAUGAUGAUGAUAAAGAUAAUGAGAUUGAUGAAAGACGGCAAUAUGGCCAGUCAAGGAGUAGUAAUUAUUUUCUCAGCCAGCGACCUGAAAGUAAAUAUAGAGGAGUUCCUGAGUUCUCUCGGGAGCAAGUAGCUAAGAGGCGUUGGAGGAUCUCUGAAGAGAAGGAAGAGGAACAGGUGGAAGAGAAUGUUGAGGAGCUAAAUGAUGGAAGAAUGGUGGAAGGAACGGGGUUGGUUUCUGGGGUAGCUGCAGAGAUGAAGGCUUUUGCGGAAAGGUUCAUUGGGAUGGAGAAUUUGAAGAUGGAGAUGAUGAAGGAAACUGAGAGGUGUAGGUUGGAGAUGGAGAAUAAGCGGAUUGAGAUGAUUGUAAAAUCGCAGCAGAGAAUUGUUGAUUCAAUUGGGAAGGCUUUCGGCUUCCCCAAGAAGAUGAAGAUAAGUCCCGAAAUCUAAAUAUUUAAGCUUCCUAUUAUUUUUCUUCAGCUGUAAAAUUUCGUUCUUGCUAUUAUCACCAUUUUACAGGGGUUAUUUAUAUAUUUUUUAAUAAAAGAACAUGCUCUCCUUUCUUGAAUAAUUGUUAAUGUCAUGAUUAGAUGAAGGUUUUGAGCAGAGCGUCUAAGAGAAAUGAUCUGCAUUAUUUUUGGCUUAUGAUUAGUGCCCCAUAAUGCAUGCACCAAAGCAUCUUACUAACAACUGUGCUGGCACUCUGGCAGCUUUCAUGAAGUUGUUUAUUUGUUCAGAAGUAUUUGUUUCCUGCCUAAUGGGAAUUUCUUGUUUUACUCCAGCAUUUUAGUGUUACAAAUGUCCAGCUGCAAAAGCAGAAUUUUUUUUUUUUGGGCUCUUUCAACAAAAGCUGAUAUUCAAUUCAAAUUUGUCAUAUCUGUAUAUCACAAAUUCCUUUCUUGAUUUUAUCAAGGGUGGAAGUAAAAUGCCAACGAACCAAUAUAUUCGAGGAAAUCCAGUAUGUGUGUAUGAUAAUACUUUAUCUUCAUUAUUGUUAUUGCACUUUUAAAUGAAUAUAAAAUAAUCCCGUAGAUUGAGAAAUAUUUAGAAAAGUCAAACCUUUAAGAUUAAUCUGUCCUCCAUGGAAUGUUGUUUGUGAUUGAUCUAAUAAUCCUUUAUGGUUCAUGUAAUCUUGUUCACGACUUCACUGACUGCUAUCAGAAUUUGAUUUUAUCUGUUGUUUAUCCAUACGUAUUCUUUGUUCAUUGGAUGCUAGCAGUAAUUUGAUUUGGUCCAUUUUGCGCAGUAAGCUUGGACAAAAGGCCAAAAUUAAUAUUUGGGUCUAUCUUCAGUAUAUGUCAACCAUUUUCCAUUUAGUGAUGAAUGAUGGAAGAUUCCUUGUUCAUACUUUGUUUAUAUCCCAAAUGCUUCGUGCCAAUUAUGGUAAUCCGUAUCCUGGUAUCUUACUCACUAAGCUGGCUGUGAUCUUCUGUCAUGCUACCAAAACUAAUUAUUUCAUGCUGUUCUACGAUUAUCUAAUGAAAUAGCUUUCUAGCUUCAAUUGUGUGAUGAGGCAGCUAGCACUUUUUAGGUUGAAUGCUACUGGAUAUAUGAGAGAACUGUUUUUAUUAUGAGAGUUAUGAAUUUGUCGGAGCAUAAACGUAGCUCAUGAGUUAGCAACUGAGUUCUAACUAAGAUUUAUGAAUUUUAUUGAGAAGCUUUAUUCAUUGUUUUGAAACUCUGCUGCAAGACGUGAUUUUCUUUUUUGGCUGGAAAAAACGGGAUUAUAAAUUGUGUUAUGGGAAUGAUGUGAUAGGAGGCAAUUGUCAUAUCCGUACAUAGAAAGUAUAUUAAAGGGGACAGAUAUUAGUGAGCGAUGAUAAUAAAGGCUUAUAGACCUUGCAUCAAUCAUUUAGGUCUUGUUCUUUGUUAUCACCUUCGCUUCACCCGUCAUAUUCGGUCAUGAAGGGUAGACUAGGAAAUGAAUAUGAUCAGUUACUUCUUUUCCUUUUAUUUUCGUCCGUGUGUGUGUGUCUGUGUCAAAGCACAAUCAGAGAAUGAUCUGCUUCAGAAGGGUGCUCAAGCGCGUCUCUCAUCAGACUCCAUACGCUUUGCGAUUGGCUCGCUGCCGGGAGCAACUAAUCUUUGAUGUUCAAUUUUGUCCCUCGCGAAACAAACAUGCCUGCUGAUUUCUUAGCCAGAUGAGGAGCAAACUUGGAUGGCCUAUGAUUCUCCGAGGAACAUCCUGUUCGCAUAAGGAAAUUCUGUUUAACCCCAUUUAUGUUUUCCGGGGGAAAGGUGCCCAAUUAGAGUAGUUAAGGCUAAGAAGUCGAAGCAGAAAGAUCUAUUUUCUGGUAAACUUGGCUUUCAAACAUGAGCCAGGAUGUGGAUUGCUCAACAAAGCUAUAAGCUUGAAGGCCUACUCUGCAUCAUGCUUGAAGGCCUAAACUUGGCUUUCAAACAUGAGCCAGGAUGUGGAUUGCUCAACAAAGCUAUAAGCUUGAAGGCCUACUCUGCAUCAUGCUAGUUGGUACUGAUUAAGAAAUGCACCGUUACAGUAGCCUAGGGAUCAUUACUUUGCAUAUUCUACAUGACUGGCUUGUCACUGCUUUAAAGAACCAUUUCUUUUUGCAGCAGUUCUUUUUAGAGGUCAAGUUUCAUUUACCGGUGGUAGGGAAAAUAGGUAAGAUGCCCCUUGAUUUGGCCUGACCACUGGUUGGGAAUAAAUACUAUAUGACAUUACACGCGCACACACGCACACAGAGAUAUUAUUGUAGUAUGCGUUAGACUAAUGUGUGGCUUAGCAA